GUACGCAUAUAGACAGUGAGUCAUUCGAACGAACACACACCGGAUCUUUUGCCAUUGUAUACGGUAAAACAAACGCAACAUAUUAGUCAGUGUGCGUUUAAAACUGUUUUCCAUGCUGAAUUAAUUAUCAUACGAUCUUUGCCAAUUACUAACGGUACUAUUACUAGACAAAAUGGCAGCGCAAACACCCGGUAUCCAGCAGUUGCUUCAAGCCGAAAAGAAGGCCGCAGAAAGAGUCUCCGAGUCGAGAAAAAGGAAAAACAAAAGGUUAAAGCAAGCUAAAGAAGAGGCACAAGAAGAAAUAGAGAAAUACCGACGUCAGCGGGAAGAGAAGUUCCAAGAAACCCAGGCAAAUUACCUGGGAACCAAGGGCGAUCAGGCUAAGGAAGUUGAGGAGCAGACGCGGCGCAAGAUAAGCGAGAUGGACAUUCGUGUCGCGAAGAACAAGGAGCAAGUCCUGUCUCAGCUCUUCGACCUCAUAUUUGACAUCAAGCCCGAGCUUCACCAGAAUGUACGGCUAUAGAGGGAGAGGGAAGUAAUGGAUCGCAUGCAGUCAAACCUGUUCAAAGUGGCCUGGAAUGGUCAAUUGUAUGGUAAAAGUGGAGCCAAAUAAGAUUUUUUUCCCCCCUCCUUACCUCAAUGAUAGUUUAUACAUCAGUUUUCCCAGAAAGAAAAAUUAAGAGGUAUUUUUGUAAAGUUUAUUGACCCAAAUUGGCGUAUUUACAAGUACAUGUAUAUUUUCUGACAAAUGGUCACUUUAAAUCAUUCCUAACGGGUUGACUUUUUUUUUCGCUUACAAGAUGUCCUAGCUCAUGGGCAAUCAAGUCUAAUAUUCCAAACAACCAGACACCACCGUAAUGAGUUGGAUGCUCAUUCUUAUAAGGAAAAUCAGGAAAAAAAAACAUUGACAUCUUGUGUAAAAUGGACACCAAAAAUGUCAAAGUGUAAAGCAUCAUGCUUCUUGCGGAGUCCAAUCAAGGUGUUCAAAUUUAGUAUAUUAGUUCCUUUGCUGUUAAUUGACCCCAUUUUCAUAUGAUUUGUGAUAUAGUAGUAUGACUGUAUGGAUAUGUUAGGCAAUUAAAGUAAGUGUUACCUGAAUAGUUAAGAAUUUAAUGUUUUUAAUGUCAUAUUGUACACUUAAAUACUGCGGAUCAAACACAUUGAACAUUAACGUCAGUUUAAAAAAAAAGGAAAGAAUUUCAUACCUGGACAUCACUGUGCAGCCUCUGAGACUGGUCUGACAAAUUCAGUGUUUUCUCACAGUAAAUGCUUCCAUAUUUGCCCUGCUACAUUUGACUUUUUAGGACAUGCAGGGAACAAAAGUUGGGUCCAUGUAUAGAAUUCGUGCUCCCAAAAAUGGUUUAGAAACCGUGCUUGAAUGUACUAGUAAAGUGAGACCCAAUUAUUAGAUGGAAUUGUAUCUGGCAAAAUAAAUAAAUGAAUGACUGCUGCUAA